UGCUUCCCAAGAUGGAAGAAGAUGCUAGCCUAUUUCCUAAGAAGGAGCUUUUGGACAAUGUCCCGCUUGUGGAAAAUGAAAGAGACGAACUAGAGGAUCCAGAGUUUGAGGUUGAAUUUCUUCCUCAAGAAGCUGGGAACAGUGCUGACUCGGGAUGCCUCUGCCCAGAGAAACAGCACAACGCUGAUGCUGAUAUAAGUAAGAAGAAAACAGCCAUCCCAGAUGGACUCCAGGCAUGCCACCUGCGAAAGACCUUGAGCCACCUAGAGAAGUUGCGCGAAGAGAAAGAGCUUUUCAUUCAGAAAACCAGAGGAGAGCUGCGUGCUUGCCGCCAGAGGAUGGAUCUCAUCACCAAACAGCAGGCGAGCGUGUCGGCUGAGGUGGCUGCGGAAAAAGAGGCCAACAGCACCAGUGCAGCCGUGGGCCGCCUCCAGGCAGUGUCCAGACGCCUCUGCACGGAGCUGGACAACGAGAGAGACCUGCAGUCAGAAAUCAAGGCGCUGCUGCAGAAGAGCGAGAGCACCAUGUGGCACAUUGCAAUCCAGGAGGGACAGCUCGAGGACGGCCCAAAGUCUGCCCAGGAGGAGGAGGUGGCUGGCAGGAAGCGCCUCCAGGAGCAGGCGGCCAAGCAGCUCCGCAAGGAGGAGGAGGCCUUGGAGAAGGCUGAGCGGAACCGGCUGCUGAGGGUCAGGAAGUCCAUAUACCUCCAGAGGGAGCACGGGCUCAGGCACCAGAAGCUGGUGGAAGACGCCCAGAGGAAUCACAAGAUCGCAGUGAGGUUCCUGAAGGCCUCCCUGAGAAGAAUUCGAGAGCAGGAGAGGAAGGAGGAGAGGAAGUCCCGGGCGCACAUGAAGAGGCGCAUGGACGCCGUGCUGGCUCUGAAGAGCAGCAUCACUGCCAACAGGGAAACGCUCCGGAAAUUUCAAGCAUGGGGCCAGGCCAAGGCAGAGCUGGCCGAGCAGAAGGCCCAAGCCGAGAAGGAGAUGAUUCUGGCCCAAGGUGGGGACGCCUUCAAGCACCUUUUCCAUCAACGCCGGUGCCAGGAGCUGGACGCCCAGAAACACACCUUUGAGGAGGAGCAGAAGCUCAGAAAGCAGGAGAUCGUAAGUCGGAUUUUGAAAGAGGAGGCUGAGGAAGAGAACAGGAAGAAGAAACAGUCUUCCCCUGCCAAAGCCACGGACCGGCUGACUCUGAGGGAUAAGACGUGGAGCUAUGUCACAGACAUCUGUGAAGGGAGGGACACAGUGCUUUCCUAUCACCUGCUGGACAGCGACGGGGCCGCACACCCCAAAACCCCUCAGUUACUGGAAGCCAUUUCCAGUGAGUCUGUCCAGGGGGACCCCGGAAACACCAGCUGGGAAGAUGACACGCUGGCCGAGCCCGAGAUCCCCGGGCUCUGGAAGGAAGACUAUAAGCCGUACCAGGUGCCCAAAGAGGAGGUGGACCGGAAGCCCGUGGGUGGGACAAAGAUGGACAAGGACAUCCUGGCCCGCACCAUGGAGCAGGUGCGCUGCAGAGUGACCCACAAGCAGGUGGUGUCCGGGUGCGAGUUCAAAGGUCACCCCUUCAAUAGCAAGCCCAAGCUCAUCCACUUCAAGGAUUUUGAUAUUGGCAAAGUGUACAAGAAAAAGAUCACGUUGAUAAACACCACCUACACCAUUAACUAUUGCAAGCUGGUGGGCGUGGAGGAUCAUCUCCGGGACUUCAUCCACAUCGACUUGGAUCCCCCUGGGCCCAUGUCAGCCGGGAUGUCCUGCAAAGUACUUGUCACCUUCAAGCCCAUGAUAAACAAAGAUCUGGAAGGAAACGUCUCAUUUAUGACUCAGACGGGUGGAUUUUCUGUUCCGCUGAAGUGCUCCACGAAGAAAUGUGCACUGUCCCUUGACAAGGAGCUCAUCGACUUUGGCAGCUAUGUGGUGGGGGAGACCACGUCCCGGACCAUCACGCUGACCAACAUCGGGGGCUUGGGCACCAAGUUCAAGUUUCUUCCAGCCUCAGAGUCCUGUGAGAUGGACGUCUCCCAGUCGGUCAUGAAAAUAAGCAGUGUGUUCACAGAUGAAGAUAAAAGCCUGUACGAUAAAAUCAUCACCAGCAUUUCUGAGCAACAGAUCGAGGGCAACGAGUCCUUUCCCACAGACAUGCCAAGCCGGAAGGAGUCUGGGAAGCGGGACAGCAAGGAGCAGGAAAAGGGGCGCCCCACAGAAUCAGAGGGAGUGACCGUGACCACUGUCGUGACCAUACCUCCCAACGAGGAACAGACAGAGAUCUCGCUGGGAGAGGUGACAGAGGGUGAGAUUGGCCCCUUCAGCUCCAUCAAAGUGCCAGUCAUCUUCACGCCGGUCAUCCCAGGAGAGGUCCAAACCAGGUUCAGGGUUGUGUUCAAGAAUCAGCAGUGCCCGGCAUUGUAUUUCAGAGUCCUGGGUGUUGCUCUCGAUGUGCCCGUCUGGGUGCCAAAGCCCAGCAUAGAUCUGAAGACGUGUAUGUAUGACCGGCUGUACCAGGAGUCCGUCCUCGUGCACACACGGUCGAAAGCAGCCCUGCGUCUGAAGUUCGAAGUGUGCAAGGAGCUGAGGGAGCACAUGGAGCUCCUGCCAGAGACAGGCUACAUCCAGGCCCAGUCCUCCUACGCUGUGCAGCUCAAGUUCCUGCCACGACACUCCCUCCCAGAAGAUGCAGGGAAGUAUUUCGACAAGGAAAGCAGAGUCCUAGAGGCCCCAAUGACUAUCUGGGUGGCUGACCAGCUCAAGCCGGUGGGGUUUACCGUGCAUGCUGUGGUCACCACCUCGGACCUGGAGCUCCGCCCCUCAGCCGUGGACUUUGGCUACUGCACCGUCUACGAGGCCGUCAGGACACAAAUCAGCCUCUACAACCACUGCCUCCUGCCCCAGGGGUUUGGGUUCGUCGGGCUCCCCAAGUUUGUGGACAUUCAGCCCAAUGACGGGUUUGGGACAAUCCUGCCACUAGAAACGCUGCAUCUUGACGUGAUCUUCCAACCCACCAAGGCUAAGGAGUACAACUUCGAGCUCGUCUGCAAGUCCGAGAUCAACCGGUGUUUCAAGCUGGCGUGCCGGGCUGUGGGCGUCCACCCGCCCCUGGAGCUGUCCCACUACCAGGUCAAGUUUGCAGCCACCUCCCUGUAUGACAUGUCCGUGGCCACCCUGUACGUCAUCAACUCUCACGUGAGCAUGAACCCACUGACCCACUCCAUGCCCCGCAUCGGCUCGGAGGACGCCUCUCCCGUGGGGCCCACAUCCUUUGAGUUCCUGCUGCCCCCGGACUCACCCAUCACCAUCUCACCCUCGGUGGGGACCGUGCUGCCAGGAAAGAGAUGCCUGAUCCAGGUGGGGUUCCAGCCCGUGCUGCCCAGCAAGCUGAUCCACCAGGAAGCCUCCCAGGCCCUGACCAAACCAGUGGAGCUCCGCAAGGACACAGCCACCCAGAGGAAGGACCUAAGGAAACAGUCCUUCUCCACGCUGCGGCUGCAGAACCAAGACCGACUGCUCCAGACCUCGACCACCCCGACGGCAGAGCUGUGUGAGCAGGACUUCAAGUUCAGUUCCGACGAGUACCAGGCUGCCCAGGCCACCCUGGCCAGGUCUUUCCAGGGGAAGUUUGACAAGUUUGUGGUGCCCUGUGUCGUUGCCAGUGGUGACCCCAAAGACAGGAAGGGGACAGAACCCCUGAGCUUCAGUCCUCACAAUACCCUGUACCUGGAGCUGUGGUGUCCGGCAGUAGCACCAUCUAUCGUGGUGACCUCCAGCAGAGGCAAAACCAUCUCCAACUUCGGUGACAUCGCUGUAGGACACCGCGGCAUAAAAAAGGUCUCCAUCCAGAACAUUUCCCUGGAGGAUCUAGGUGUGGAGUUCUCCAUGCUAAACCCCAAUGGCCCCUUCGUCCUGCUGAACCCCAUCAGCAAGCUGCUUGCUGGCGAGACCCACGUCCUGACACUGUCCUUCUCUCCCCAUGAGAGCAUCCUGGCCCAAGAGACACUGGACAUCAUCACCAAGAGAGGCAAACUCUCCCUGACCCUCCUGGGCACCGGCGUGGCACCCAUGAUCACGUGCUCCAUUGAAGGGGACACUCUGGACAUGGGUUAUGUGAUUGCCAGAGAGUCUGUGUCCUCAAGCUUCAAGCUGCAGAACUGCUCCACGCUGCCCAUCCAGUUCUCCCUGCAGCUGGACAGCCUCUCCCGCUCCAGGAGCGAAGACCAGCAGCGGCUGCCACAGUUCCUGGCCUCUCGGGCCCGGAGGACUGAAGUAGUGGGCACUCAGAACAACAGCGGCCAGAGCGUGUUCAGCGUGAUCCCGGUCAAGGGCAUCAUGAACCCAGGCAAGGCGCAGGACUUCACCGUGACCUUCAGCCCAGACCACGAGAGUCUGUACUUUUCCGACAGACUGCAGGUCAUGCUCUUCGAGAAGAAACUCUCCCACCAGAUCCUUCUGAAGGGCGCAGCCCGCGAGCACAUGAUGUUCGUGGAGGGCGGAGACCCCCUGGACGUGCCUGUGGAGUCCCUGACUGUGAUCCCCACCUACGACCCUGAGCGCAGAGAGGAAGCAGAGGAGCUAAAGCCCAUCCUGGUGACCCUGGACUAUAUCCAGUUAGACACAGACACGCCAGCCCCACCUGCCACCCGAGAGCUGCAGGUGGGCUGCAUCCGGACCACCCAGCUGUCCCCAAAGAAGACUGUCGAGUUCAGCCUGGACAGCGGCAUGUCUCUGCAGCACAAGGGCUUCACCAUCGAGCCCUCCAGGGGCUCUGUGGAGCGUGGCCAGACCAAGACCAUCAGCAUCUCCUGGAUGCCACCUGCCGAUUUUGAUCCAGAUCACCCACUCAUGGUGUCAGCCCUGCUGCAGCUCAAGGGGGACGUGAAGGAGACUUACAAGGUCCUCUUUGUGGCCCAGGUGGUGACCGGCCCCUGAGGCCACAGGAGUCUCUCCACAGAGCCCCCCUCAAACCUUCCUGUUCACCCUAGAAGCCCUCCCCUAGUCUGUAAACCAGGCCAAACCACCCACAGGCCUGGGACCUGGGCAUCUGCUGCUGGGCAGGCUCCGGUGUGCAGACCCCUGUGUUGCCCCAGGGCACCCCAGCCCCACAGGCAUGGUCACUUCCUGCUGCGUCAGACCCAGUGAGUCCAGAGGCCCAAGAGCACCCCCUCCCUGGCCCCACUCAGAACCAGCAAUAAGGCUAGUCCUACCCACAACCUACUCUUACUCUGAGCCCCUCAGAACCCCCAGCCCCACCAGUAGCCACCUGCCCAGCCUUUAGAAGUCCUGGUUGGGGGAAGAGCUGCCCCCACAGGUCUGUCAAUAAACCU